AUGCAUAUACAACUGCUGAUCUGGUUAGUGAAAGCGUCUGACUUGGUUCUUUUGACUGCUCAUAAUCCACCCGGUGUACACACGCAGUACCUCCAAGUCGCCCUCAGUCUGCACUACGUCGAAACCGCAUUCUACCAGCAGGGACUUCUGCAUUUCGACGAUCAGGCUUUCAGCAACGCUGGAUUUGAGCCCUGGGUCCGCGGGAGGUUCGAGCAAAUCGCAAUGCAUGAGCUGACACAUACGACGACGACGCUAUCCGCCCUAGGCAAUGACAGCUUCUCGCCAUGCACGUACAACUUAGCACUGUAUUCGCAGAUGUUGUAUCAGGACGUGGACAACAUAAUUGCCGCGGGGGUACGUGCUUUUGAAUGUCUCUUGCAGUCGCCGCGCCGACCUCAAUCGUCACUGAUCGUGCAGGCUGCCGGUGCGGUGGAAUCUCGGCAAGCGGCCUGGAUUAACUCGGCUGUCCUCAAGAGAGAACCUUGGAGCGGGCCGUUCGAGACCCCUCUCAGCCUGGUCGGAGCCUACUCUCUCGCAGAGCCCUCCAUCGUCAGCUGCCCUGACGACUACCCCGAUCUCCCAGUCCGCCACGGACUGCCUCGGCUAUCGUUCAAUACCACCAUGCCUGAUCCCGGGAGCUUCGUGAAGGUGCAGGUCUCCGGGCUCAAUUACACUGAACCCAAGUACCUCGCUUGGCUGUCGGGGCCUUCUGUCUUCUACACGGACGUCCGCCACGACAUGGUGGCAGCUGUCCCCGCGGGUCUGCAGGGACUGUCCUAUGUUGCGCUCGUGUCUAACACUACUGCCACCGAUUUGGACAACGAUCUCCUCAGCGCAUUCACGUACGUCGACUUCGUCUUUAGCUCGUAUGCGUCAAAUCCUGGGCCUUCUUCGAACUAG